AUGUCUGAUAAGGAAGAUGACGGGGUCGGGGACGAGUCUAAGACUAUGAGGGAAGAUCCCCUUCCCCCCGCUAUAAUCCUGAUAAAUGGUAAUGAUGAGGAGCAUGAGUACCCUUCUCCUCUAAGGCUUCCUUCCCCUACAUUUGGGAAGGCAGUCAAGACCCUACCGUGCCUGCUAGUCUUCGGGGCCAGGUCUCCAUCGGAAAUGUGGUUGAGUAUAACAACCUGUUCGAGGAUGGGGGAGGCCAAGGCAACUAUGAUCAGGGAGGUGACACUGGAGAGGCUGAUCAAGGAGGCAGAGACCGAGUAUGGUUAUCCAAUCAGUUCAAUAUAAAGGAUCUGGGAGUGGCUAGUCACAUCCUUAGGAUCAAGCUUAUGCAAAAUCGCAAAGAUAGGAUGAUAGGCUUGUCUCAAACUACCUAUAUCGAUACCAUUCUAACCCGUUUUAACAUGCAAAAUUCCAAAAAAGGAUUUCUUCCUUUAAGACAUAGAGUUUCUCUAUCAAAGGAGCAGUGUCCUAAGGCACCUGAAGAGAUAGAG